AUGUCAAACUUUUCGCCCUACGCGAAUGUAAAAUGCGAAGCGCAGCCAUCAACCAGCACUGCCAAUGAGACGCCAUUGCCACUGAGCUCGCCAUGCCAUCCAUCACCAGCGUUAGCUCGUUCAGUACCGUCAUCUCAAGAAGCAACGUCGCCGUCGGAAACUGCUGGCAAAGAUUUUGUGUUUUUUACGACGGAGUUGGCCAACCAGGCUGCACUGGAUUUCGAAAAAGAACGCUUUGACAGCCUCCUGGAAUGGCAUAUAAAGUAUCGUAAACGUAAGGAAGCCGAGCGAAGCGCUGAUGAUGUCGUGUCGGAGAAGGCGUCCAGCUCGGCCUCAGCAGAAUCUACGCCUGUUGAGACGUCGGAGAGGAAGCCCGAGAAGAGAAAAGCCGAGAGUGAUCCCGAGGAUCAAGUGGCCAAAAAACCUACUUACAUGGACUUGAAUGCUCCAGAUGUCUCUGCGAAAAAGGUUGAGGAGACACCGUUGAGGAGAAUGGAAAUGAUGACGAACUCGUCAGCCUUCAGCACUUCGUCAAGUAUUAACGAUGUUGUGGAGGCGCCUGCGAAUGGACUUUGUAAGAAUGAUCCCGAGGAUCAAGUGGCCAAAAAACCUACUUACAUGGACUUGAAUGCUCCAGAUGUCUCUGCGAAAAAGGUUGAGGAGACACCGUUGAGGAGAAUGGAAAUGAUGACGAACUCGUCAGCCUUCAGCACUUCGUCAAGUAUUAACGAUGUUGUGGAGGCGCCUGCGAAUGGACUUUGUAAGAAAGAUGAGCGAUCGGUGAAGCUAGAAAAGCUCGGUGAAAUGGAACGCCAAGUUGAGGCUGAGAGAUUACGUGUCGAAUGGGAAAAGGAGGUCCAGGCGCACGAGAUGAAAAAGCUCAUGAACAACCAAGGACUCUCACCAUAUCCUUCUCCAAUGUACCCUCGGGCUCUUCCGCCGGGCCCUCAAGGAGGCCUAUAUCCAAUGGGUUCCUACCCAGCGCGAUAUCCCCCUGGCUCAGCUCCCUAUCCGAUGGGAAGUAUGGCUUAUCCACAAGGUUAUCCCAAUGGAACAACAUCUUUCCCUCCAGGUUAUCCCAUGUCCGCGCCGGGAAACGCUCAGAUACCGUCUCCGGCGUAUAUCGGAGAUCCAAUGGCUUUCAAAGGCGCUGCACCGCCUCCGGGAAUGAGCCCGCAUCAUCCCAUGUACGCCCACAUGAUGGCUGCCAGAGCAUCUGCCGGUAUGCAGUCGCCCGUGUCUGGACCAGGUUACCCCGGUGAUCCCAGUAGAAUGGGUUUCCCGAUGCCUGGACACUCACCUUCGGCAAGUCCAUUCUAUCCUGGCCCCUUUCCUCCGCAUCCGUAUGCACAGAUGCCAUACGGACAUCCAGGGAUGUCGAAA